CAUUUCUCUCUCUCUCUCUCUAAAAUUUGAAUACAUGUCUUAUGCGCCCUUAUUCUGUGUUGCGUGCCAUUUCCAUUUAGAUCUAUGUUUUGCCGAUAUCUGGAUUGAUAACAUGGAUCUGAAUUUAUCCCUUUUCAUUUUAGAUCUACGUUCAGAACCCUAAAAAUUUCGACUUUUGCUUCUUGUUUUUGUUGGGGGUGGGGUGAUUUGCAUUUCUGUGAAUUUCUAAAUUCGGAGCAUUUGGGUUCCUGUGUAUUGAUCUGUUUGGAUUGUCUCUCCUGAGUUGGUUGGAUUUUUUUCACCCUCGUGUUUGAUUUCCCAGUUUGAAGCAUCAUCUAGGUUAUGUAAUCUCUUUUUGGUUUUCAUUGUUUUGGAUUAUCGCGUGAUUAUAGUUGCAGGAUCGUUUUGGAUUAUCGCGUGAUUAUCGUUGCAAAAAUCUGGAUUGCUACCAGAUUUUUGCAAUGCCAGUAAUGGGUAUGUUUGAAUUAGUGUAUUCAUUCGAUUCAGAUCUUUCUGGAUGUGGUUCUGGUGAGGCUGUUUGGAUCUGGUCCCCCUUAUAUUUGUUUUCAGAGUAUAAAGCCUUUGCUGUGUUUGUUUGUCUGUUGGAAUUUCAUGCUUUUGAGGUGUUUUUGUUGGGUAUGGUUCAUGGACUUGAAGAGUUUUGAUUGUCACAGUAUGAACACUGCAAUGACAAGAUAUGUAAAUUGAUGGCCUAGUUAAAAUUUAAUUCUUUAUGCUGUUGGUUUCCUUGAUCUGUAGUUGUGAUGGACGACGACGGAUUGAAUAUGCGGAAUUGGGGUUAUUAUGAACCUUCUUUUAAAGGACAUCUUGGUCUGCAGCUCAUGUCAUCUGUGACAGAGCGCGGUCCAAAAACUUUCAUAUCAGGGCGUGACAAUGCAGUUAUGGUAAGCGCCAAUGGGGCGUUUCACCCUCGGGAUUAUAUGGUUUCAGAAGCCUCUGUACCCAUGGAUUGUGUGAGGGACAGUUGGAUAAACCAUAGAGAUAAAUUUCUUCACAUGAUACCAGGAAACCCCUAUAAUGCAGUUCUUGCCGAACCUUCUGGAUCUCAUCCCAUGCAGAUGUUACAGCAACCUGAUACGUCAAAGGAUACCAGGUUGGCCAUGGAAGAUCCAAAUGUUAGGAAGGAAGCUGGUCCUGCAAAAAAAAGGCCUGGUGCUGCCACUCCGAAAACCCCUAAACCAAAGAAGGCAAAGAAAGCCCCUUCUCUGCCAAAGGAUAAUGGGAACUCCUCUGUUCAGCGGGCAAAACCAGCAAAGAAGAAUAUGGAUUUUGUAAUAAAUGGGAUUGACAUGGACCUUUCAGGCAUUCCUAUACCAGUUUGCUCGUGCACUGGAACUCCUCAGCAGUGUUAUCGAUGGGGUUGUGGUGGUUGGCAAUCAGCUUGUUGCACCACAACCAUAUCGACAUAUCCCUUGCCAAUGAGCACCAAAAGACGUGGAGCAAGGAUAGCUGGGCGGAAGAUGAGUCAGGGUGCAUUCAAAAAGGUAUUGGAGAAACUCGCAGCUGAAGGUUAUAACUUUGCUAAUCCAAUUGAUCUGAGGACUCAGUGGGCCAAGCAUGGUACCAACAAAUUCGUCACAAUCAGGUAGAUUAAAAGUGUGGGUGCUGUUACUGGACUACCAUUGCAUUGGGUCCUGCUUUACUUGUAUAUAUGUUUAUGGCCUUAUUCCGAGGUUUUCUUGGUACUUGUAGUCCAGGAAUUUUCACCAUCAUGAUACAUGCUUCAACCUAUAGCAAUCUGGAUGGUUCCCAGAACCGUUGUUUAAUUUUUCUUUCUGUUUCUGUUUAUGUUUAUGUUUCAAGGCUAUGAAUGUUGUCUGGCCACCAAGAAUGUAGGAUUGCGGAUUUUGUGCCUUUAGUUAUUGGAUGAUUUUGAGAUACAUUUUUUUAAAUUUCUACCAUAAAUUGCUGUCUAAGUUUCUACCAUAAAUUU